UGGUGAAGCAGACUGAAGCUUACAGCACUUUGUUGAACUCCAUCGCAAGGACAAUUCUCUAUCACCACGACCACCACCAUCAUGUUCUCAAGGACGGCAUUCUCGGCACUCGCCGGACAGGCUCUUCGCCCUCGACGCAAUCCACUCCUCUCGCCACGCUUCGCCCAACUCCAGAAAUCAUUCCUAUCAACAGAAACGCGGCAGGCAAUUGACAAGGCGGUUGCUUCUGCGCCCGUCGUGCUGUUUAUGAAGGGUACGCCCGAGACUCCGCAGUGUGGCUUCUCAAGAGCCAGCAUCCAGAUUCUGGGUCUGCAAGGCGUGAACCCAGAAAAGUUCACCGCGUUCAAUGUUUUGGAGGACGAGGAAUUGAGAGCAGGAAUCAAGGAGUACUCGGAAUGGCCCACGAUACCGCAGCUGUACGUCAACAAGGAAUUUGUGGGUGGCACGGAUAUCAUGAUGUCGAUGCAUCAGGACGGCAGCUUAGCGAAGCUGCUCGAGGAGCAGGAUGUGCUUGUGCCGGCAGAGGGCGAGAGUGAUGGGAGCAGCAGCUCAUAAGGACAGCCGCAGAAGCAGCAGACACAGACGCAAAACACACCACGAUACCCACUCAGUACAUACACACCUCAUUGGAUGUAAGCUACCUGUACCCACUUGACGCAUAUCUGCCUCUCAGAGCUGCAAACGCCAAACGACGCGAUGUGCUUGCCUCAAACUGUUGGAAGUAGGUCGUGCCUGCCUCUCCCGCGACGAAGACCUC